ACUUCACCAUUUUCGAGAUCUCUAUUUCGUUUGACUCACUCUUCAGUGUCUCCAAUCUCCAUCGUUGAAGAGGAUGAGCUCCCAAAUCUGCAGAUCGGCUUCUAGAGCCGCGCGGUCUCUUCUUCCUUCAGCUAAGAAUGCUCGUUUCUUCUCCGAAGGCCGAGCCAUUGGUGCAGCAGCAGUUGUUUCUGCCGGCGGGAAGGUUCCUCUUUUUGCAUCAAACUUUGGAAACUCAACUGCUGGGAAUAUCUCCAGGAGCUGGAUCUGUGGACUCUUAGCUCUUCCUGCUGCAGCCUUUAUGAUCCAAGACCAAGAGGUACAUGCUGCUGAGAUGGAACGCACUUUCAUAGCUAUCAAGCCCGACGGAGUGCAGAGAGGGCUGAUAUCAGAAAUCGUCUCCCGGUUUGAGCGCAAGGGCUUCAAGCUCGUUGGUAUAAAAAUCUUGGUCCCUUCUAAAGAUUUUGCGCAGAAGCAUUACCAUGAUCUGAAGGAAAGACCCUUCUUCAACGGUUUGUGUGAAUUCCUAAGCUCAGGCCCCGUUGUUGCCAUGGUUUGGGAAGGAGAGGGUGUGAUCAGAUACGGUCGUAAACUGAUCGGAGCCACUGACCCACAGAAAUCUGAACCGGGAACUAUCCGAGGGGAUCUGGCAGUUGUUGUUGGAAGGAACAUAAUCCAUGGAAGCGACGGGCCAGAGACGGCUAAGGACGAGAUCAAACUGUGGUUCAAACCCGAAGAACUCGUUUCUUACACAAGCAACGCUGAGAAGUGGAUCUAUGAGCAGAAUUAAUCUUCUUUUUCUUUAGAUGAUGACAACAACAAUCAUGCUGUUUUGACAAAAAAAAACAAUAAUGCUGUCUUUUCAAGGAAGAAAUGCUGAGACAAGAAGAUAAACAGGAAAGGGAGUAAACAGCCUUGAGAUAGGAAAUAAUGAAGUUAUUGUGAUGUUUUGAUUUAUGAACAUUGUUAAGUUUUGCUUUCUAAUAAUAUAAUCCAUGGAUUACUGAAUCUUA